UACUCCCAUGUACGAGAGUCAACCAGUCUGCUUUUUGAUUUGCGUGCGUGUGCAAUAUUAACGAAAUCGCGUGCAUUUGUGGACCCAUAUCCCUCGCCAUUUUCUCAAAGAAGCCCUCCAUUUCAAUUUCUCUGUGGUUGUUUCGUUUGUACGAGGAUCUACCUCUUGAUUUGAAUAUUACUAGAGUGAGGUCAGCAUUGCAUGACUCAAUCAUGGAUAAGGAUGCAGUCACUUCUGUACAAUGCAUUGGACCUUGCAGUUGUUCUUAGGGCGACAUGAAAACUAACGAGCACGGUUGUCUCCUAUGAAUGAGCAAAAAGCUAACCAAAAGCCUUCUCAACCCAACUUGAUGUCCCAGGAUCUGAGCAAUUAGCAUUGAAGCAAAAAGCAAAUAGACAUGCUUGAGCCACACCGUACUCCAAGUUAUUUCUGCAUAAGAGAUGCUGCAGUUUUGUUUUUUAAAGCUCACCUGUAUUCCUACCAUGUUGAGUAGGUUUGGAUGACCGUUAACUUGCAUAAAACUUGUCAAGGGCCAGAGUGAUACUCCAAGACAUUUCAUUAUACCAGAGGGAACUUUGUGUGGUUUGGGUGUUUGAACUAUUGUUUACUUCCUUACCACCCACUCCAACCAUCCCAUGUAUCUUUAUUCAUGAAAGUCAUGAGUUUGCAGCCUCAACAGAAACCGAACUCAAAGAGGACCGGAAAGCGCAUCACUUUCUUUAACGAUCAGGGUGUGGCAAUGAAAGAGGCCUCUCAGCAUUCAGAGGCCUCGCCAUACUAUGGCAUUGGGGUCACUCCCUCUGGGCCAGGCCAUUAUGACGGUAGGGGUGUGGAAAGCUCCAAUGCAGAAGCACCACAUAUGUACCUCAAUUCUGUCAUUUUUAGCCCAGAGAAGGGUGAUCAAAGCCGUGGGCACUACCAACAGACGAUGCCCAUGAAGUGGGCACAUCAAGACCCAUCUUUGCAGCCUCAGCAGAGACCAAACAAUUGGUCACAAGGUGUGACAGCUUGGCCCCAGAACUUUGCCCCUUACUUUGGGUCGCAGACUGUUUUUGCAAAGCAGAUUCAUGAGAGCAUGGCAAUACAACAACAGCAGCAGCAACCUGAGCCAUCUACCAUUAGGGCAACUGAAAAACAGGGGGCUAAUAUGAGCGAAGAGGGCUUCAAGGAUUCCCCCAAAACCAGCCGGAGCAUGGAGUGGAAGCAGCUGCAAAAUUUUCAGCAGACGCAAAAGCCUGGAAUGUUGAAUCCACAGCAGCACGGACAAUCCACCACUGAGAAUUCUGUGCUGCAACCCUUUCAGUUAGCUUUUGGACAGCCCAAGCAGAACUUGGUAGCAGGUUACUAUCAGGUCGUUCAGGGCAAUCGGACCUUGCCAAAUUUGAAUUACAGUACACAGAUGAAUUCCCAACAUCACUUUCAACAACUGCAGCAACAGGAGCAACAGCAAAAACUUCAGAUGCGGCGACAGAUAAUGCUUCAGCAGCAGCAGCAACAACAACUGGAACGGCAGAUACAGCAACAGGAGCUUCAGCGUCAAAAACUGCCUCGGCAAGCACCACAAUCACAGCCAUUACAGCCACAAACACAGCAAAUACAGCCUCCACAACAGCAAGUGCAACAACAGCAUAUGCAACAAAUCCAACAGCAACUGGACUUGAUGCAACAGCAACAAAAAUCUGAACAACCUCAUCAGAGCCAACAUGUAGUGGACAAUUACUCUGAUGGGCAGAAGCUACAUGCCCCCUCACUUGAUCAGCAUCAUCCUCUGUUAAAAGGACAGUCCCAAGAGACUACUGAUCCUCUGUCAACACAGUGUCAGGAUUCUGUACCCCCUACAGUUUCUCAUCAAUCCAUCGAGACCCAACCGCCUGGGCCCCGAAGAUCACGUCGGCUUUCUAAAGAGGGUGGAGGCCCUACCUCAGAUAACCCGUUUGUCAUGCCAACUGAUCAUCAUACUCAAGGCUCUCAGAAUGGAGCUUCUGAGACCAAUGUCACACAAGACAUCAGGGCCGCUCCAACAGGUGUAAUCCAGAGCACACGGCGCAAGAGGAGGGUAUCACAAGAGGUCAACCUGGAAACCUUGGCUCAGAAGGCUUCGGAAAGGGAAUCCCUUCCCUCACGUAGUAUUAAGCAAGAGCCACACAGAUCCUGGAGUCCCCCUGUGGCCCCGUCAGGUCCAGGUCGAGGGGCAGAUGAGGUGGAUCAGGUGAGUGCCAAGCGUCCCAAAGAUGAGAGCCUCAUGCCACUGGUCAUCCCAGUCUCUGUACCAGUGAGGCAGACUGAUUCCUCGUCCCCAGAUCACAAGCAGGCUUCUCUCUCAGCCAGUUGGCCAUCGCGACCUUUGGGGUCUCACGAAAUGAGUUGCUCUGAGUACAAGACCUCUGUGAUUGUCACCCGGCGCCGCUCUCUGCGGAACUCUCUGUCUGAGAGCACAGGGCAGAAUGGUGGAACAGAAAGUGGAAGCGACGCAGAUGGCAAAUCCAAAGCCAAACGACGGCCUCGUCCAGAACCCCUAUUUAUUCCUCCACCCAAACUUGGCACUUUCAUCGCCCCACCAGUGUACUCUAGCAUCACACCGUACCAGAGCCACCUACGGUCACCUGUCCGCUUGGUCGACAACCCCCUCAACAUGCCGCCAUACACUCCCCCGCCAAUCCUCAGUCCUGUUCGAGAGGGCUCGGGUCUUUACUUUUCCACCUUCCUGUCGGUCGCUGCUGCAGCAGCAAAUAGUCAAGGGCUGCCCCCACCUGCAACGCCAAAAUCAGCCACCCGCAGCCUCCUGCGCUCCAACAGCAGUGAUAUAACACCUCCAGUGCUCUCUGCUAUGAGUGAGGCUACACCUGUCAGCAUUGAGCCUCGGAUAAACAUUGGAUUGCGGUACCAGGCGGAGAUUCCAGAGCACAGAGCGCGUUCGGCUGCUCAGCACGACCUACACAAGGCUGAACUGGUGUGGGCGCCACUACCUGACCUGGAGGCCAAUCCUGGACAACUGCAGAGAGUGGAUGACCUCAUGCACCUUGCAUGCUCUAGUGCGUUGAACGGUGGAGGGACCAAUCAGGAGCUGGCCAUGCACUGCCUGUAUGAAUGCAAGGGUGACAUCUGGGGAGCCCUCAGCUGUCUGUUGUUAAAAAACCCCAUCUUUCCCAAAGCUCACCCCCUGUCCGACUACCACUACUCGGGCUCUGACAGCUGGACUGCAGAGGAAAGACAUAUCUUCAAUAAAGGCAUUGCUGCCUACAAGAAGGACUUCUUCAUGGUGCAGAAAAUGGUGAGCUCCAAGACAGUGGCUCAGUGUGUGGAGUUUUACUACACGUAUAAGAAGCAGGUCAAGAUCGGCAGGAAUGGAACACUGAUAUAUGGAGAAGCAGAACUGCCAGAGACGAAACCCACAACUGAGGAGGAAGUAGACAAUAAAAGUUCACAGAAAUUUGAAUCACGGAAAGUAGAGGAAGAAAGCAGGACGUGGGAAGGGUCAUGUGACAGGAAGCAAGAAAACAGCCCGGGCAGAAUGACACAAUCUCUACAGGCCACUGAAAAUGCUGCCGUCCUGCUCUUAAGAGGUCAUGAGGACAGCACAAGGGAUCCGUCCAAGUUGGGGGUCAGUCAUGCCCCGACACCACCAUCUAAACCUCGUGCCGACAUCACAGGCCGGAAGAGUGGGGCCAGCAGUACAGGAAAGGGACAGACUAACCAAGAGGGUGAAUUUCCCUGCAAGAAGUGUGGCAGGAUCUUCUAUAAGGUGAAGAGCCGCAGUGCUCACAUGAAGAGUCACGCUGAGGCGGAGAAGAAAGCGGCAGCACUCAGACAGAAGGAGGCAGAGCAGCGGGCGGCAGCUGCUUUGUUAGCCGCCCAGCAGAACAGAGCGAUGGGGGCCGGCACACGGAGAGCUAGCAGUGAUGACUCCUCAGAGGAAGAGGAGGAUGCAGAUGAUGAAGACUGGCACUAGCUAAAAAAUGACUUAUUUAUUUUUACUUUACAAGCCAACAAGACCCAUCCCAAAAGAACAGUUUUAGGGACUGGCUCUCACUCCCUUUGUGUGUGUAUGUGUGUGUGUGUGUGUUACAUGUAUAUAUGAAAGAGAUGAAGAGAGUAGAUGCUGUAGAAAUAGAAGCUUUCAGGGGCUUCAGAUAUAGGGCUAUCAGGAGUGUAAGCCAUGCAAUGUGUGUGUAUGCUUGUGUGUCUAUAAAAUGCACUUUUCAGCUCAUCUGGCAACAGCACAUCUAUCCAGCACAGAAGUCACACAUUGUUGUACUUUGAAACAAACCAUUAUGGAUUAAGUGCUGUGGUUGUGAAAGGACACAAAACAAAAGUGGGGAAAAGACUGUGUGUGUGUGUGUGUGUGUGUGUGUGGGUGUGGGUGUGUGUGUGGUG